AAUCUCGAAUGGCACGUUAAGAUCAAUAAAAAGCGUCCCAGUGAUUGAGUUCAAGAUGUCUGCGCCCAUGUCAGGAACAGACCAUUUGUCCCAUAUUGAACAUGUCAUUCUUGUCCUGUCUGGAAAAGGAGGAGUUGGCAAGAGUACUGUGGCUACUCAGAUAGCCCUUGGUCUCAAACAUGCUGGUAAAAAGGUAGGAUUAUUGGACCUGGAUUUAUGUGGACCAAGUAUUCCACGCAUGUUCAAUCUGCAAAACCAAGAUAUUCACCAGUGUCCAGAAGGAUGGUUGCCUGUGUUUGUGGACAAAGACCAGCAUUUGUCUGUGAUGUCCAUAGCGUUUCUCCUAGAGGAUGCCAAUGACGCUAUUGUGUGGAGAGGGCCCAAGAAAACAGCCAUGAUCAAGCAGUUCCUCAGUGACGUGGUGUGGCGUGACCUUGAAUACCUAGUGAUAGACACGCCCCCUGGUACAUCAGAUGAACACAUAAGUGUAGUGGAGAGUCUCAAAUCCUACAAUCCUGAUGGAGCCGUUCUAGUCACUACACCUCAGGCCGUAGCUGUUGGAGAUGUGCGAAGGGAAUUAACCUUUUGUAAAAAGACCCACAUUCCAGUCAUUGGUCUCAUAGAGAACAUGAGUGGGUUUGUCUGUCCACAUUGUACAGAAUGUACCAACAUUUUUUCAAAGGGUGGAGGGGAGUCAUUGGCAAAGCAGUUCCAUGUACCUUUUCUGGGCUGUAUCCCUCUCGACCCUAAGCUGACUCACUGUCUGGAGCAGGGCAAGAAUUUCCUGGAGGCAUUCAGUGAUACACCUACCCACAAAGCGUUGGAUGCUGUCAUAGAGAGACUUGUCCGCAUCGACCGAGAUCUGCCUUGAUCUCUGUGAAACUCCGAGAUCUCUAAUCUGGGACCACACCAACUCAUUAGACAAGACUUGUCCUCUGUUCAAUGAAGGGAUACACUCCUUAGCAUGAUACCACAGUUUUUGGUUUGGAACACCAAAGAUUACGUAGUGUGUAUUGAUGUUUAAAACACACAGAUGAACGUUAUUGAUGUUGAUAAUAUAUAAAUAUGUUUAUGUUUUGUUCUGUGUUAGCUUACAUGUGUAGUGAUGUUAAGUUAUUGCACAAAUAUUGCUUGAUGGUGGAAUGACUUGUCAGUACACUGUAUGAUGGAGUCAGAGCCCAUGGUGUACAGAUUUACAGAGGCCUAUAUAAAACAGACAUUAGGAGACUAAACCACUCAAUAUGUCACAAUAAAUGGUGUAGGGAUUUUAUUGGGAAUUCACUUAUACCUUGUCCUAAUAAGUUAUCAGGAUAAUUUGAAUACUCUUCAUCUGAGUUGUACCAGAAAACUUUCCACCUGGCUACCUAUCCUAUACCUUUGAUCAACACAGUGAGAUGGAAUAUGUAUGUAUGGUAUGGAAUAUAUGAUGGUAGUCACUCUGUGCCUUUCACAGGUGUUAAGGUCUUUCUCGGUGAUCUAUGCAAGGUGUGGACACAGAUGUUACUAUGUUACUGGCCUACAGCACUGUGUUGUGUCGGCUUCACUCCUGCUCAAUGAUGUUAAGUUGUCUGUUAAUUGUUAGAGGUUGAAGACAUAAUACCUUCUGAUAUUUUGUAUACAAAGUUUCUGUUAUUCUGUUGACAGAUUUUUAUCAAACCUGUUUGGGGAUACUUUACAUUAAUCUGUUUGGUCAUGCAGAUGUUCCUAUAAUUCAUUACAACAUUAUGAUGUGUGGACACAUCAGGAGUCUGGAUAUACAGCAUUAUACUGUAAUAAUUCCUUGUUAUUGAUUACACACAAACCUAGAUAUCAAGUCUCAGGUGAUGUAUGUGUAGUGUUUAUUGUACAAUGUUAAAAGUACAGGUAUGAACAAGGCAUUGUCUGAAAUGUAUCUCCUGUUACAGGUAUGAACAAGGCAUUGUCUGAAAUGUAUCUCCUGUUACAGGUAUGAACAAGGCAUUGUCUGAAAUGUAUCUCCUGUUACAGGUAUGAACAAGGCAUUGUCUGAAAUGUAUCUCCUGUUACAGGUAUGAACAAGGCAUUGUCUGAAAUGUAUCUCCUGUUACAGGUAUGAACAAGGCAUUGUCUGAAAUGUAUCUCCUGUUACAGGUAUGAACAAGGCAUUGUCUGAAAUGUAUCUCCUGUUACAGGUAUGAACAAGGCAUUGUCUGAAAUGUAUCUCCUGUUACAGGUAUGAACAAGGCAUUGUCUGAAAUGUAUCUCCUAUUACAGGUAUGAACAAGGCAUUGUCUGAAAUGUAUCUCCUAUUACAGGUAUGAACAAGGCAUUGUCUGAAAUGUAUCUCCUGUUACAGGUAUGAACAAGGCAUUGUCUGAAAUGUAUCUCCUAUUACAGGUAUGAACAAGGCAUUGUCUGAAAUGUAUCUCCUAUUACAGGUAUGAACAACUCCUGUUGAUGGUUUCACCAAACAAAGAUAGACAUCUUACUCGUUACAUAAUUCCGUGUAUUAAAUUUUGGCACUUUCAUGCCAGGCACCAAAUAAACCUAAAUAUGACCCCAACUAAAAUAUCCCAAAGUACAUUAGAAUGUAUAGUUAAUGUGUAAAGUUGGUGUUGAAAGUUCGGUUACUGAACCAUUCCUCUUCAACUUAAUCUGCCUGAUAUUUGAGACUGUAUAAAUGAUAUCUAGAGCUGUAUUGUUAUUUUCUUUUGGAGUGCUGAGGAUACUUGUAAUACAUGUACUAGUGUUAUACAGUGUAGGAGGAUGCUUUUCAUUUUAUUGAUGAACAUAUUUAUCCAUCGAAUAUCAGUGCAUGAUCAUGUUUAUUGCCUUUUGCUCUAGCACAAUUGUCCCUGUUGCAAUAACUAGCUUACCUGGUUUGUGGUAAACCUUGGCUAAAUCUCGGCUAAAUCUCGUUUUUGGAUGAGCAUAUUUCAGAGACUUUUUAAGUAUGAUCAAUCAUAUUUCAAAGAUAAACAAGACGUGCUAAAAAUAUUGAAAACUGUGUUCAGCUUUAGAUUGUACCUGGAGGAGGUAUGAUGAUUUAGCACUUUGUUACAUGGUUAUGGAUGGAAGUUGAAUAAAUUCCAUUGUGGAGGAAAUACAA